AUGCCGGCCGUGAGCACAAAGCACCACAGCCCGACCUACAUGGACGACAGUUUUGAUAGAGGCACCACAAAUGGAUAUAGCAGACCCGCCCCAAAAGAUCAACCAAGCUAUACUAGACCAGAGUCAUCUCUGGCGGAACUGCCAAUAUGUGAAGUUAGGGUUCGGCAUGUGCCAAAAACGAAACAAGUUGAUAAUGACGAUGGGCAAAAAGGACCGCAUUCGCACCAAUUCAUCAGCGGCCCUCUAAGACCGGUGAUAUAG